UCUUUUGAUCUGUUGAGAGCAUAGCCAUUAAACAUGGGGGAAGUAAAUAAUGCAAAGCAAUUAGUAGUAUCUGAUGAAGAAGCUUUGCUUUUUGCCAUGGAGUUAGCAGGGGCCUCCUCUGUUCCCAUGGUUCUGAAAUCAGCCUUGGACCUUGGUGUGAUAGAAACCAUAGCCAAGGCUGGUCCUGGAGCUUACCUUUCACCUUCUGAGAUAGCUUCUCAGAUUCCAUCAAUAAAGAACCCGGAUGCACCUUCUAUGUUGAACCGUUUGUUGAGGCUCUUGGCUAGCUACAACAUCCUCACCUUCCAAGGUUCUGAACCUGAAAGGCACUAUGGUCUUAGUCCUUAUGCCAAAUACUUUGUCAACAAUCAAGAUGGUGUCUCCAUGAUUUCUUCCUUUCUCAUGCAACAUGACAAAGUCCUCAAAGACAUGUGGUACCAUUUGACAGAUUCAAUUCAGGAGGGUGGGCUUCCAUUUGACAAUGCUUAUGGAAUGACUUCCUUUGAAUUCCAUGGCAAAAAUCCAAGGUUCAACAAUAUUUUCAACAAGGGGAUGUCUGAUUAUUCUACCAUCAUAAUGAAGAAAGUUCUUGAGACCUAUACAGGUUUUGAGGGUUUAGGAUCUGUUGUUGAUGUUGGUGGUGGGACUGGAGCUGUUAUUAACAUGAUUGUCUCUAAGUAUCCCACCAUUAAGGGCGUUAAUUUUGACUUGCCCCAUGUCAUUAAAGAAGCUCCAUCUUAUCCAGGUGUGGAGCAUAUUGGUGGAGACAUGUUUGUCAGUGUUCCAAAAGCUGAUGCCAUUUUCAUGAAGUGGAUAUGUCACGAUUGGAAUGACGAGCAAUGCUUGAAAUUGUUGAAGAACUGCUAUGAAUCCCUUCCGGAUACCGGGAAGGUGAUUUUGACUGAAUGCAAUAUUCCACAAGUCCCUGAUUCUAAGUUGGCUUCAAGGUGUGUGUUCGAAAUGGAUGUGAUCAUGUUGUGUCAUAGCUCAGGAGGAAGAGAAAGAACAGCGAAAGAGUAUGAGGCCUUGGCUAAGGGUGCUGGAUUUCAAGGUUUUCGUGUAGCAUGUUGUGCUUUCAACAUGUAUGUCAUGGAAUUUCUGAAGAAGCCUUAGCUUCUUUUUUCUUCUGCAUGUUGCAUUAAAGUCACAAAAGGUUCCCUAUGAUAUGUUGUUGUCUUGAUUUAUAAUAGUUAAUUAAUGAAUAAGUUACUUGUAAUUGAUAAACUUCAUGGGGAUUUACUCUUUUCUGUUAUGUAUUCAUUUUUAAGUCUUGAAAUUAUAUAUGGGUUCUUUAUUUGUGACUUCUUAUGAAUAAAAUCAUCUCUUUCUGCAA